AUCUUUCCCAACAUGGCGGACACGUCGACUUUGUUCCAAGGUAUAUUUCGACUAUAAAUUUUUAUUCUUUGAAAUUGCAAGGAAUGAAAAGGGACUAAAUUUAAUAUUCUCCCAGGGAUGUCCCUCUCACUCAAACACGUUUGCCUUGGUGUUCUUGUACUCCAGACUUCAUCUUUAGUUCUAACGAUGAGAUACUCGAGAACGCUUCAUCAAGAGGGCGAUCCCAUGUAUAUUGCUUCUACUGCCGUAGUGUUCGCUGAAAUUUUUAAAGUGUGUGCGUGUGUAGCGGUUAUUUUUCAUCAGUCAAAGUUCCGAUGGUCCGUUUUUCUUGGACAGUUACGGGAGGAGAUUUAUGACAAGCCAUGGGAGACCCUCAAGUUGGCGGUACCCUCAGGGUUGUACACGAUUCAAAAUAAUCUUCUGUUUGUUGCUCUGUCUAAUUUGGAUGCUGCCACGUAUCAGGUUACAUACCAACUGAAGAUUUUAACUACAGCUUUAUUCUCUGUGUGCAUGCUUCACAAAAAGUUAGGUGUUUUAAAAUGGAUUUCCCUUCUCCUCCUUAUGCUUGGAGUUACUUUAGUUCAGUGGCAUCCAGAUAAAGGUGAAGAAUCCCCCGCAAAGGAUACUUCAGUAUCAGGAAAAUUUAUAGGACUUAUAGCUGUUCUCACAGCCUGCUGUUCCAGUGGAUUUGCUGGGGUCUAUUUUGAAAAGAUUUUAAAAGGAACUAAAGCAUCUAUAUGGAUGAGAAAUAUUCAGUUAGGAACUUUUGGUGUGAUAUUUGGUCUGAUAGCAGUGUAUGGAAAUGAUGGACAAGCUGUAGCAGAUCAAGGUUUUCUUCAAGGUUAUAACAUGAUCACAUGGAUAGUUAUUUCACUUCAGGCAUUUGGUGGAUUAGUAGUUGCUGCGGUUGUGAAGUACGCCGACAAUAUAUUGAAGGGGUUUGCCACGUCCGUGUCAAUAGUUGUGUCGUCACUGGUGUCGUUCCAUUUCCUUAAUGACUUCAAGCCAACAAACUUUUUCUUUUUGGGUACCUGUGGAGUUUUAACAGCCACGUUUUUGUACGGUUUGCCUGAGAAGAAAUCACCUCAGCUGACACCUGCAAAACCCGUGUAGUGCCCGAUGGAUGUUAUUACAAAGGGUCGGUUAUUGUAUCAGCUGAUGGGCGAUGUAAGGUCGGUUUACUGUGAGCCGAUUGUCGACCGGUGGUUGACAAUCACCCGACCAAUAGACGGCCAAUGUCUUGAUGUCCUGGUAGGCUAGACCAUCAGUCAAGUGGGGGUGAACUAUGAGGCUGUUAUCAACUGACUUUUGAUCACUACCGACCAAUAAAUCGAUCUUUCUUGGGUCCAAAAUAUCGACCGAGGCUGAAUAGAACACGUGUCUUUUAGAGAGGAGAAGCUUACGUAGAAUUCUCGCUAAUUUCUUAUUGAAGUCGCAUGAAGGCGACCUGGAAAUUUCCAUAAUCCAAGUUUCUCUCAGAUUGAAGAUGUUCUUUUGUUUUUAAUGCUUUGUUUACUUGUUUGUUUUUUCUAACUAUAAUUUCAAUAGCUAUUUGAAACAUUCUAAGCUCGAACUCCUAAUAGUUGCUCGUGGUCAAAAUAGGGAACCCAAGAUCAUUGGUAUGUUAAUAAAGUAGAAUUUCGGUUAACUGAUGGUAAAAUCCACGCAGGCUGUUGGGAAAAUAGGAGAAAAGCUUUUAAACUAAGAGCCGGGGGCGGUAAACCGAAAGAAAGUGCGGUCUAUUGCCUUUUUAAAAUACAAUUCGGUAUUUUGGGGGUUUAUGGGUACAAUAAACGAUAAGUUUUUGACCAAUCAGAACGCCCUUCGUAUUUCAGCUAUUUUAUAAUAUUGUGAUAAAAUUUCCAAUCAUGGAAGAGAGGAAAUGUUUUGACUUAGUACAACUUCAGAUCAGCAAAUUUUGGUUCCCACGCACUCUUAGCUCUUUUAUCGAUGAGAUGUUUUAUUUAUUUAAUGUUACAUAUCUUACAUACUCACGGUGCGUUGUGAGAAGGUCACAGUGAAUACACUUUAUAAGUAAAGAAAAGUAACUCUAACGAAGUAAUUAUGAUGCGUUGUGGGCAUGUUGAUCGAGGGGCCUGGCUUUGAACCUGUACCCGUCGGGGACUGGGCGGAAGGAUAGUAGAUCGAUAAACUACGGGAUAUAUUUAAUAGAUUUAUGUUUAUUAUUACGAGAGCAAGGUAACAAUAAUUUUCUAAAUAAAAAACAACUUUUAUCUAUUUACCAAACAUGUUUCGACACCCUUAUGUCUUCUCAAGUUGCAAACGUGUUCUAUACAGUUUGAAUAUUUCUUUGUAAUCACGUCUUAUAUUAACUUUGUAAAAUAACAUUCUAAAAUUGCGUUGCAAAAUGACCACAAUUUGAGAAGGUAAAAUACACUGAAAAAGAGAAUAGCAAAAGUUUCUUAAGUGAGAACAGAAGAUUAAAAUUACCAUAAGCAACUUUUCAUCUAGUGUAUUUUAACACUUCAAAUUGUUAACGUAAUUUUGUAACGUAAUUUGUGACUGUAAAAGUUAUACUAUACAACGAACAUGGGCGCCUGAAGAUGGUCUAGAAUGUCGAAACAUGUUUUUAAUUAGGAGACUUUGAUUCAAACAAUCGGUUCAGCGCUGCCUUCCGAACAAGUUAUUGCCUUGAAAGGCUAUGCGCUGAUUUGGAGGGGCUUUGGAAAACGUUGAGUUUGAAUAAAGCUAUUUGAUUAGUGAUAAAGAGGGAAAAAGAGAAUGUGAAAAUAUAUUUAUUGUGUUCUUUAGCCAUAUUAACUUGCCGAGGUAAGGGAUGGUGUUAUAUUAAAACAGACUGUAGUCGGAAAUUUGAAAGCAGAGGAAUAAAUGGAGUCAAAAAUUGU